AUGGCGGGUCAGAAAUCUUGGAUCGAGAAAACUUUUUGCAAGAGGGAAUGUAUCUGUGUAAUUCCGAGCACUAAAGACCCAAACAGGUGUUGCUGUGGCCAGCUCACCAGCCAGCAUAUUCCUCCUCUGCCAAGUUUAACACCCGGCAAAAAUGGAGAGGAGAACAAACAGGUGGAAACGCAGCCCGAAAAAUGGUCUGUCAGCAAACAUACCCAGAGCUACCCAACAGAUUCAUACGGGACUCUCGAAUUCCAGGGCGGCGGGUAUUCCAAUAAAGCCAUGUAUAUUCGCGUAUCCUAUGACACCAAACCAGAUUCGCUGCUUCAUCUCAUGGUGAAAGACUGGCAGCUAGAACUCCCCAAGCUCUUAAUAUCCGUGCAUGGAGGCCUCCAGAACUUUGAGAUGCAGCCCAAGCUGAAGCAGGUCUUUGGAAAAGGCCUAAUCAAGGCGGCCAUGACCACUGGGGCCUGGAUUUUCACCGGGGGAGUCAGCACUGGUGUCAUCAGCCAUGUAGGGGAUGCCUUGAAAGACCACUCCUCCAAGUCCAGAGGCCGAGUCUGUGCUAUAGGGAUUGCUCCCUGGGGCAUCGUGGAGAACAAGGAAGACUUGGUCGGAAAGGAUGUCACCAGAGUGUACCAGACCAUGUCCAACCCUCUGAGUAAGCUCUCUGUGCUCAACAACUCGCACACUCAUUUCAUCUUGGCCGACAACGGCACCCUGGGCAAGUACGGCGCCGAGGGGAAGCUGCGCAGGCAGCUGGAGAAGCACAUCUCCCUGCAGAAGAUCAACACAAGACUGGGGCAGGGUGUGCCCGUCGUGGGCCUUGUGGUUGAAGGGGGCCCUAACGUGGUUUCCAUUGUCCUGGAAUAUCUCCGAGAAGACCCUCCAGUCCCCGUGGUGGUUUGCGAUGGCAGUGGACGCGCCUCGGACGUUCUGUCGUUUGCGCACAAGUACUGUGAAGAAGGAGGGAUUAUAAAUGAAUCCCUCAGGGAUCAGCUUCUAGUUACCAUUCAGAAAACAUUUAAUUACAGCAAGACACAGUCUCAUCAGCUGUUUGCAAUUAUAAUGGAGUGCAUGAAAAAGAAAGAGCUCGUCACCGUGUUUCGGAUGGGCUCUGAUGGCCAGCAAGACAUCGAGAUGGCCAUUUUGACAGCCCUGCUGAAAGGAACAAAUGCAUCGGCUCCAGAUCAGCUGAGCUUGGCCCUGGCUUGGAACCGCGUCGACAUAGCACGAAGCCAGAUCUUCAUCUUUGGGCCCCACUGGCCGCCCCUGGGAAGCCUGGCACCCCCGACAAAUAACAAGGCCACAGAGAAGGAGAAGAAGCCACCCAUGGCAACCACCAAGGGUGGCAGAGGAAAAGGAAAAGGCAAAAAGAAAGGGAAAGUGAAAGAGGAAGUGGAAGAAGAAACCGAUCCCCGGAAGAUCGAGCUACUGAACUGGGUAAAUGCUUUGGAGCAAGCAAUGCUGGACGCGCUAGUGUUAGACCGUGUGGACUUUGUGAAGCUUCUGAUUGAAAACGGAGUGAACAUGCAGCACUUCCUCACCAUCCCAAGGCUGGAAGAGCUCUAUAACACGAGACUGGGUCCGCCAAACACGCUUCAUCUGCUGGUGAGAGAUGUCAAGAAGGGAAACCUUCCACCUGAUUACCACAUCAGCCUCAUCGACAUAGGGCUUGUGCUGGAGUACCUCAUGGGAGGAGCCUACCGCUGCAACUACACUCGGAAAAGUUUUCGGACCCUUUACAACAACUUGUUUGGACCAAAGAGGCCUAAAGCUCUUAAACUUCUGGGAAUGGAAGAUGAUGAACCUCCAGCCAAAGGGAAGAAGAAGAAAAAGAAGAAAAAGGAGGAAGAGAUUGACAUUGACGUGGAUGACCCUGCUGUGAGCCGUUUCCAGUACCCCUUCCAUGAGCUGAUGGUGUGGGCUGUGCUGAUGAAACGCCAAAAGAUGGCCGUCUUCCUCUGGCAGCGAGGCGAGGAGAGCAUGGCCAAGGCCCUCGUGGCCUGCAAGCUCUACAAAUCCAUGGCCCACGAGUCCUCUGAGAGUGAACUGGUGGAUGACAUCUCCCAGGACUUGGACAACAAUUCAAAAGACUUUGGCCAGCUUGCUGUGGAGUUGUUGGACCAGUCCUAUAAGCAUGACGAGCAGAUCGCCAUGAAACUUCUGACUUACGAGCUGAAAAACUGGAGCAACUCCACCUGCCUCAAGCUGGCUGUCGCAGCCAAACACCGAGACUUCAUAGCCCACACCUGCAGCCAGAUGCUGUUAACCGAUAUGUGGAUGGGAAGGCUGCGGAUGAGGAAGAACCCCGGUCUAAAGGUUAUAAUAGGGAUUCUUCUUCCCCCCACCAUCUUGUUUUUGGAAUUUCGCACUUGUGAUGACUUCUCAUAUCAAACAUCCAAGGAAAACGAAGAUGGCAAAGAAAAGGAAGAGGAGAACAUGGUCAGUGUUACCCUUGGUCAUAAGAGUAGCAACUUGCUCUCAUUUUCAAAAUGGUUUGUGAUUUCUCUUACUAUGAAUUUAAGAAUCUCGGUAAUUGGAAGAUAUUAUAAGUCUUUACAAGGUACCUGUCUAUUAAAUACCACUCUGAGGUACGUGGCAUUUCCCAUUAGCAACUGUUGCCUUGUGCUGUGCUCUGUUUUCCAGGACGCAAAUGCAGAUGCUGGAUCAAGGAAGGGGGACGAGGAGAAUGAGCACAAAAAGCAAAGAAGUAUUCCCAUUGGGACAAAGAUCUGUGAAUUCUAUAACGCGCCCAUUGUCAAGUUCUGGUUUUACACAAUCUCAUACUUGGGCUAUCUCCUGCUGUUUAAUUAUGUCAUCCUGGUGAGGAUGGACCGCUGGCCCUCGAUCCAAGAGUGGGUGGUCAUCUCCUACAUUGUGAGCCUGGCCCUGGAGAAGAUCCGAGAGAUCCUCAUGUCAGAACCAGGCAAACUCAGCCAGAAGAUAAAAGUUUGGCUUCAGGAGUACUGGAACAUCACUGACCUUGUGGCCAUCUCUGUGUUCAUGAUUGGAGCCAUCCUUCGCCUACAGAAUCAGCCGUACAUGGGCUAUGGCCGAGUGAUCUACUGUGUGGACAUCAUCUUCUGGUACAUCCGAGUCCUGGACAUCUUUGGUGUCAACAAGUACCUGGGGCCCUACGUGAUGAUGAUUGGAAAGAUGAUGAUCGACAUGCUGUAUUUUGUGGUCAUCAUGCUGGUCGUGCUGAUGAGUUUUGGAGUAGCCCGACAAGCCAUUCUGCACCCAGAUGAGGAGCCUUCUUGGAGACUAGCCCGCAACAUCUUCUACAUGCCCUACUGGAUGAUCUACGGAGAGGUGUUUGCAGACCAGAUAGACCUCUAUGCCAUGGAAAUUAAUCCUCCUUGUGGUGAGAACCUGUAUGAUGAGGACGGCAAGCGGCUCCCGCCCUGUAUCCCGGGUGCCUGGCUCACCCCCGCCAUCAUGGCCUGCUACCUGCUAGUGGCCAACAUCCUGCUGGUGAACCUGCUGAUAGCUGUCUUCAACAAUACCUUCUUUGAAGUAAAGUCAAUAUCCAACCAAGUGUGGAAAUUCCAGAGGUACCAGCUGAUUAUGACAUUUCAUGACCGGCCAGUCUUACCACCACCCAUGAUCAUUUUAAGCCACAUCUACAUCAUCAUUACGCGCCUUAGUGGUCACUGCAGGAAAAAAAGAGAAGGGGACCAAGAGGAACGGGAUCACGGACUCAAGCUGUUUCUGAGCGACGAGGAGCUGAAGCGGCUGCACGAGUUCGAGGCGCAGUGCGUGCAGGAGCACUUCCAGGAGAAGGAGGACCAGCAGCAGUCGUCCAGCGACGAGCGCAUCCGCAUCACGUGCGAGAGAGUUGAAAAUAUGUCAAUGAGGCUGGAGGAAGUCAAUGAAAGAGAAAACUUUAUGAAAGCUUCUCUACAGACUGUUGACCUUCGACUUUCUCAACUAGAAGAAUUAUCUAGCAGAAUGGUGAAUGCUCUUGAAAAUCUUGCAGGAAUUGACAAGUCUGACCUGAUAAAGACUCGGUCUCGAGCUUCUUCUGAAUGCGAUGUAACUUAUCUCCUAAGGCAAAGUAGCAUCAACAGUGCUGACGGCUACAGCAUGUACAGGUACCAUUUUAAUGGAGAAGAGUUAUUGUAUGAGGAUGCUUCUCUCUCCACGUCUCCAGGGGCAGGAGUAAGGAAAAAAACCUGCUCUUUCCGUGUGAAGGAAGAGAAAGACGCAAAAACGCACCUGGUACCCGAGCGUCAGGGCAGCCUUCACCUUUUAUCUAGCACAAGCCCAACAGCAACACCAGACUGCAGCAGACCUGUAUUGGACAACUUAAAGAACCCAUCGGAGCCAAAAUUAGGUCCAGACAUUGGGAUUUCAACCAAAGAUGAUGGAAGGCAGGCAGACUCUAAAAGAGAAGAAACUACUUUCCCAAAUUUAAAUCAAACAUAUGUUAUGCAUGGACAGAACACAUCAGAUUUUCAAAACACUCAGCUAACAGUGGAAACGACAAAGGUAGAAGGCACUGUUUUCUGUCCCUUGGAAGAAACAAAAAUUAUCCGCUAUUACCCUGAUGAAACUUUCAACACUUAUAAGGCAAUGAAGUCCAGAAGCUUCGUAUAUUCUCGUGGAAGGAAGCUGGUCAGUGGGGUUAACCGCUGGAGUGCAGAAUACGGCUCAGUGUUGGACCAGGCGGGCCCUUCUACAGUACAAUGGACAACAGAAUUGAAAUGCCAAGUUCAAAAGAUUACACGGUCUCGUAGUACAGAGAUCCCUUCCGUUGUGUCUGAAACUACAAUGCAAGCUGAGCAGAAAGAGCAGUUCGCAGAUACCAAAGAUGAAAACUCUGUUCCCAGAAGAGUCCCUCAAAUCUCUUGUUUAUCCCUAGCUGUUACUGACAGAACUGAAAAAGAAAACUUACUGUCUGUGAAACCAAACCAAGCUUUCCGAUUCCCAUCUACAAGGUCAAAAAGCUUGCACGGCCAUCCUAGGAAUGCUAAAUCCCCUCAGGGUAAAUUAGACAGAUCUGGACAAGCCAGCAGUGCAAGUAAUUUAGUAGCUGUGUCUGGGAUUACAACAGAAGGACAAAAGGUUAAGCAAGAGAAAGCAGCCACAGAAACGGAAUGCUAA